GUUUGCAGCUGGUUGUUUCUGCGGACUUACAACAUCCAGUCACCGCGGGGCAGGAUGUUGGUGUUGUUGGCAAGUUCAGUAUUGUCCCACUGAAGUUGGUGAUAAGCUGCUGCGGUCCAAGCUGUUCUCAGAGACAUUCUUGUCAGACAAACAUUUGAAAAAUAAAAAUGUCAUAUGGAGCUGUUGACGGUAGCAGCUUUGGUGGACGGAAUCCAUUUGGAGGGCCUUCCAGGCAAGGAUAUCAACCUUUAGCAUCACAAAUCGACCCCAAUGAAAUACAGGAAGUCUUUGAGGAGCUUACAACCAACAUUUUCCGCAUUAACUCGAAUGUGACUUCCUUAGAGAAGAGUUUGCAAGCUCUGGGGACACCUAAUGAUACACAAGAGCUCAGAGAUGGACUGCAUACAACUCAGCAGGAGACGAAUAAAACCAUCAGUUCAUCGACAAAGUAUAUUAAGCAGCUCUCGGAAAUAGUACGCGGAUCGUCCAGGAGGGAAUGGCUGCAGUUGGACAGGCUUAAAAACCAGCUGUCGGACUCUAUUCAACGUUAUGGAGCUUUGCAGAAGAAAGUUGCUGAAAAGUCCAGAGCACUGUUUCCUGCAACAUUGAAGAACAGACAGAUUGCCGAGAAUCCCUUUACAGAAGUUAGUGAUGAAGAUGAGUUCCUUGGCAGAGGCCACAGUAAAUGGCAGGCCACAGCUGAACCUUCAGAUCGUGGGCAGGCCCAGAGCCAGGCUUUCCUUUCAGAGGUCACAGAGGAUGAAGUUGAAUCGAUAAAACAACGAGAGGAGGCAUUAUUGCAGAUUGAGGCAGACAUGCUGGAUGUGAAUCAGAUUAUUAAGGACCUAGCAUUACUGGUGCACGAACAGGGAGAGAACAUUGAUAGUAUUGAAGCCAAUAUUGAGAGAGCAGCUACAAAUGUUGAUACAGCUAAUGAGCAGCUAAUGAAAGCAAGUCAGCACCAGAAGAGAGCGCGGAAGAUGAAAUGCUGCUUCCUUCUAGCCACUUUAGUUAUUUUGGCAGUCAUCAUUAUCAUUAUUGCGGCGUCAGUAAAGCAUUGAACUUUUGGCAUUAUACCUACAGAUGGAGCACAUUUAUCCCUCGUCAUAAUUACAAGGCAAGCGGAGUAAAGCAGCCUUAUGGAAGUGAAUCAUUGCCAGAUCAAUCAAAAAUGGAUUCUUCUAUCAAUUCCAGUCUCCAUCUCAAUUCAUCACACUUUCCUUCUCUCCUGAAUUAAUUGUCAUCAUAUUCACUCCCUCCAUUUAACUUUCCCCACUCACUUUAUGUAGUCUCAUUGUUCAUGUUGCCACUAUCCCAGGCAGUACACUAUCUGAUACUUUUCUAGGUUUCUCACCUUGACUUCCUUCCCUCUGGCAGCCCCACCUCUUGUGUCUUCCACUGGUAAAUCCUCUCCCUCAAUUUACUCACUUUGCCCUCUCAGAAUCCCAAUUGAAUCUCAAUCUCAAUUUUUGCCCUCCACUCAUUCUGAUCUUUCUGCAUUACUAAUCUGUGAGCCACACCCUCAUCUCCAUUUUUAAUGUACUACCCCCACCCCCAGUUUAACCUUUAAUCUCUUUAACCCUGAAUGAUCCCACUGAUGAAGCCCUCAUUUCUGACAUGCCAAUCUGGAAGAACAAGGUUUUGAAAGCUUAGAGUAGUCAUCCAGUAGAUAUAUUCACUGCCAUUCUGGGCUGGCCACACAAAACAUCUGUUAUCUGACAAAGCCAGUCACUGUUCCUGGAUCAUGCUAAAAUGCAAACAUCAGUCUUGACUCCAUUUCUUCACCGGAACUGCCUGCUUAAAUUUCAUUUUCCUGUUUCCGAACCUUCAACUCCAUCGACAACAUGGGAGACUGAGGAUCUUCUUUGUCACUGAGAUUGAAGCUACAUUAAGCUAUAUUAUCACUUACCCCUUCUUGGUUACCAGAUAUACUCUUUGGUUUCUUCUGCUUUGGACCUGAGACCUGGCCUUUCUCGUGGUUUCUUUCCUCCUUCAUCCCAAACCUCUCCUGGCUCAUUCUAAAUCCAUCUUCUACUUGUUUAGCCUGUUUCUAUUUAAAGACUGAUCUUACCACUUCCUUUACUGGCUUCUUCUUAAUCUAUAAUGUCACAGACUCAUAUCUUCAACUCUGCCACAGUCACUCAUCUCCUCCAAAUAAAAAAAAUGCCACCUUGUUCCCUCUAAACAACUGGAUAGUGUGGCAGUGCAGAGGAUAUUUCAGUUAGUAGGAGACUCUGGGAUCUGAGGGCACAGCCUUGGAAUAAAGGGAUGUCCCUUUAGAAAUGAGAUGAUGAGGAAUUUCUUCCGUCAAAGGGUGGUGAAUUUGUGGAAUUCCUUGCCAUAGAGGGAUAUGAACACCAAGUCACUGGGUGUAUUUAAGGUAGAAAUUGAUUCUUGAUUGGUGAAAUUUCUAAAGCUUAUGUGGAGAAGGUAGCAGAAUAGGGUGGAUAGAAAAUGCUAUGAUUAAAUGGUGGAACAAACACAGUGGGUCAAAAUGCCUUGACCAUUUGGUGUGGUCAAUCAUAUGGUCCUUACCAAUUCUCCUCCCCACUUGUCCAGCCAGGUCUGCUGGCCCUAUAUAGUCAUAGGGAUAAAUGGCAUCACUUCCCACUUCUGCACUAUUUCUCUGAGAAUCCAUACAUACACAGCCUCUUGUUAGCAUUGGCCAAUAAGCCAGUGGAAGUUUACACAUGGAUGUUUGUGUUGUGUAGUUCUUCUCAAACACCUUAGAAUUUUCUGUGGCUUCCAAUGCUUGGUUGGCAUCCAGUCUGGCUGAGAAGGUAUUUCUUGCAAGUCCGUUGUUGAGGAGAAUAAAGCCAUUGUUACUGGUCCCUUACACAAGCUCCAUUCCAUGGCUUCAUCCCAAUGCCGCCCGAUCCAUCAGCAACACCCCCUGUCCCCCCAUCCCCCAUCCCAGCUCAUCUACCACUGAAGCUAUUGAACAUGUAUUGACUACCUCUAACUUUGUCUAUUCUUGGCUAGCCCAUGAUUUCAACUGUCUGUAAUUCUAAAUCUAAAAAUUUGAUUUCCCCAGUGCUUAAUCGCCUGCACUGGCAUUUGUUCAGCAAGACCUUGUUCUCAUCUUGUUCUUAAGUCUCUCAAUUGUAACUUCCCCAAAUCCAACAACCCAAACACUUUUUCAAUGAGCAUUCCAUUGGCAUCCUAAACUCUUGUCUUCUUUCUCUAGUCCUCUCUGUCUCUCCUCCUCUCAUUCCUCCAACAUACUCAAAACCUACAUCUUCAACCAAGCUUUUGGUGAUUGCCCUAAUACUUUUGUAAGUGGCUUGCUGUCAUACUUUGUGUGAUAAUACUUGUGAAGUGCCUUGAGAUAUUUUGUUGCAU